GCUGACGUCACUUUGCAGCGCCAGUAACCAUCUAUAUAAUUGACAUCCAUCCUGCCAAUGGCUUUUUACUUGUUGCUAAAGCUUCCGCUAUGGGCGACAUUCUACUUUCCCGGCACAGCAGUCUCUCACAACAGCCUCAGGAGACCAAUGAUUUUGAAAUCCAGCUCAUCGGGACUAGCGACUCUAUUGCUGAUCAACCAACCAAUAAAGCCAAAUGGUACAGCCAGCAAAGCCUUUCCAUGUGGACCAUCGAGGUUCUUAGUUUUGCUUUGGCAGUUAUUGCCUUAAUGGCAAUACUCAUCACACUUUUAAUUCACGACAAUCAGCCGCUCCCACAAUGGCCUCACCUGAUAUCCAUCAACUCUCUCAUUGCUACGUUUACGGCAAUCUUCAAAGCAUGUAUGCUUUUACCCGUGGUAGAGGGGAUCAGUCAGUUCAAGUGGUUGUGGUUCAGUAAGCCACAGCAGCUAGCUGACAUCGAGCGCCUCGACCUGGCAAGCCGUGGACCCUGGGGUGCUCUUCGACUCUUGUUCAAUUACUGUAUUGGGAGACGCGGCUAUCACCUUGCUAGCUUUGGCGCAGUAAUUACUAUCGCCUCACUUGCUAUCGAUCCUUUCUCACAGGAAAUAAUCAAAUACCACAGCUGUCUUCAGCCAGUGGAUGGAAUGAAAGCCCAAAUUCCGAGAACCAAUAAUUAUCAUAUUCAUGGACCUCCGGGCGGCAUUAACUCAGUCGGCAAUGAACUUGAUUCGUCCAUACAGCUUGCAUUUUACACGGGUUUAUUUAGUUCUCUAGCAAAUGCGUCCGCACCUCUAGCAGUUAAGUGCCUGACAAAAAAUUGCACAUUCGCUGAAGAAGACAGCGGAGCUUUCCAGACAUUAGCGAUUUGUCAUUCUUGUCAAGAUAUAUCUAACGAGGUGACAUGGAACUCUAGUGCGAAAGAAUACGAACUUCCCGUAUUCUCUAGAGAGAACAGAUCAAUAUCCUUGACACCUUGUAACGACUCUAAAUGCAAAGCCUAUUCAAUAAGCAGCCACCAUCCGGCACCGUCUAAUCUCUGGGAAAUCGAAGCACUUUUAAGAAAGAAUCACUCGGAUUGCUGGCAAGAGCCCUGCAGUCCAACCCCUUUCGCUGUCGGAUGUUCAUUACGGCCAUGCUUGAAAACUUAUGGGGCAAAUGUAACAAAUGGAGACUAUAAAGAGAUAGAGCGGGGUGUGGAAUUUCUCGCUUCGGACGAGGAUGGGGACUUUUCGCUAGCUUCCAAACAAAUUUUGCGGGAUGGCAAGUGGCGCGAUUGCGAGAAAUCCCAGGAGUACAGCGAGAACACUCCAGUUCUUGUUGACUUGAGGGACAAGACUAUCCAUGGCCGGAAACUGGAUACUUACUAUAUGAGGCCUCAUUAUCCACCAGAAAAGGUCUGGUAUCCUAGAGACUGUGUGUGGAACAUGGACUACUAUACUAGUCGAGCCAUUAGGGACUUUCUAUCUGGAAUGUACAACGGAAAUCAACUAUACCACUAUCCUUCUGAGGAUGUCAAUAUUAUCUACAGUAACAUAUGGCUACAAUUACUCUACCAGAACGGCAGCGCCACUAUGGACACAGUCAAUAGUUAUUGGAAGAACAUCGCCGAGGCCAUGACAGCUCAAAUACGACAUAGUGCCACUGGGCCCGAGAGCACACGAUACGCCUUCGGCAAGGCAUGGAGCCAGCAGACCUGUAUUCACGUUCGGUGGGCAUGGAUCAGUUUCCCGGCUAUGCUCAUGGUACUUUCAUUUUGUUUCUUCGUCGCUGUCAUGUUCCAGAGUUGGGAGAACGAGUGGAAAGGUGACUGGAAAUCUUCAGCGUUGGCGCCAAUAUUCCACGGGCUCGGCCAAGGAUGCGAUUUGCAGGAAAGCAAGAUGAUGAAAGACGACAUGUAUUCAACUUCGAAAGAUAUGCGAGUGCGGCUACAACGCAGAGGGAGCGGAUGGCAGUUGAUUGACGUCGAAGAGAUCAAAGAGAAGACUCCCCAACCGCAAAGUAAUAAGACGGGAAUGCGUUUGCGGUCGCAGACGCUUUAAUAAUGAG